AAAUACCUUCAUUUCAUUCGCAAAUUUCAUAACUGAAACAAAAAGCUAGCUGUAUAAGCGAUCCGUAUAAAGUGAAAAGUGAAAAUAAAUCGUUAAAGAAUGACUUCAGUUAUACCGAUUAUCGACGUGAGUGAUUUGUUAGCUGGAAACAGUGGGAAAUAUCGAGUUGCCAAGGAGAUUGGUGACGCUUGCCGCACAUACGGAUUCUUUUAUAUCUCUGGUCAUGGAGUUAGUGAAACACUUCAAAAAGCGGUUGAAAAUUUGAGCGACAAAUUCUACGCACAAUCUUUGGAAGAGAAAGAAAAAAUUCAUAUGUCGGUGGAGGGUAAAAAGCGUGGAUAUUACGGAAUAUUGAAGGAACGCACAGCAACUGGACCAGAUUUUAGAGAAGUACUAACGUUCGGCAAAGAUUUACCCGAUGAUCACCCAUAUGUUUCAUCUGGACAUUACAAACCGAAUCAAUAUCCAGACAAUAUUGAAGGCUUUCGCGACACAAUAAAGGAAUAUUUCCAAGAGAUGGAAACGCUAGGCACAAGGCUUAUUGAAGGCAUUGCGAUCAGUCUGGGUCUGGACAAGAAUUUUUUCUAUGAAAACUACACCAAAGAUCCACAUAAUGUUCUCCUGUUGGUAAAUUAUCCACCUCCCAAUAGAGAAUUGAAGGAAGACGAGUUUUGGGGAGUUGGUGAACAUACCGAUUUUGGAUUUUUGACCAUCUUGAAACAGGAUAUGUCCGGCGGAUUACAGGUAAAAUCUGGUGAAAAUUGGAUUGACGCUAAGCCAAUCGAAGGAACGUUCGUGUGUAACAUUGGUGAUAUGUUAUCCAUUGUAAGUGGAGGUCAAUACGUUUCUACAGGGCAUCGAGUUCGUAAUCCGGCAAAACACAGUCGACAAUCGUAUCCAUUUUUCAUUGGACCGAAUUUCAAUGCGAUUGUUAAACCAUUUGAUAAUCAAAAACCGACAGCCCCUGUUACUGAUUAUAAUGAUGAAUUAACGGAAAGUGUUAAGGAAUUGCGUGAAAAAUAUGAAGCUUACAGAAGAAAGGUUACUGCGUAAAAUAAAUUUGAUAAUUGAAAUUUAACGAAAA